UGUUUCUACAUUGCUCUUUUCUGAUUUCCGUACAACGCGCGCUGGCAGAGAAGUGAGGGGGCCAGCUAGCUAUCUGGUAGUUGUGCUGGGAAUAGCCGGGUAGUGUUUAUCAAUUACUGUGGAUAUAGUCACCUAUAUCCCACUGCCUUGACAAAUCGAGCUGGCUAACAAGCUAACCUCUACGCACCAGGGAGAUCAAAUAGCUUAUCUAGCUUAUUCUUUGACGUUGUUUUUUCUUUCUGGGGUAAAUACAUUAUUUUUGAUACCGCGGACCGGGCCUGAGUAACAUCGGAUGUGAUGUCCAGCUCCCCGCUGUCCAAGAAGCGUCGCGUGUCAGGAUCCGAGACCAAGACGGUGCCACACUGCUCCUCCUCCUACUCUGUCAGAAGUCAACCGACCCACACUCCUGAGAACGGCAUGGCUAACAAUGGUAACGAAGCGGAGAUCGAUGAAGGCCUCUACUCCCGGCAGCUCUACGUGCUCGGACACGACGCCAUGAAGCGCAUGCAGAACUCCAACGUGCUGAUCUCGGGCAUGCGGGGCCUGGGCGUGGAGAUCGCCAAGAACGUCAUACUGGGCGGCGUGAAGUCCGUGACCGUCCACGACCAGGGCGCCGCCGAGUGGAGGGACCUCUCCUCGCAGUUCUACCUGCGCGAGGGGGACCUGGGACAGAACCGGGCCGAAGUGAGCCAGCCGCGCCUCGCCGAGCUCAACAGCUACGUGCCGGUGACCGCCUACACCGGGCCGCUCACCGACGACUUCCUGUCCGCCUUCCAGGUCGUGGUUCUGACCAACUCCGGCCUGGAGGAGCAGCUGCGCAUUGGAGAGCAGUGCCACAGCAAAGGCGUCAAGCUGGUCGUCGCGGACACGCGGGGCCUCUUCGGGCAGCUGUUCUGUGAUUUUGGGGACAUGGUCGUGUACGACACCAACGGUGAGCAGCCCCUCAGUACCAUGGUCUCCAUGGUCACCAAGGAUAGCGUGGGUGUGGUGACGUGCCUGGACGAGGCUCGGCACGGGUUCGAGAGCGGUGAUCACGUGACUUUCAGUGAGGUGCAGGGCAUGACCGAGCUGAACGGCUGCAAGCCCAAAGAGAUCAAAGUUCUGGGUCCCUACACCUUCAGUAUCGGCGACACCAGCGAGCUCUCGCAGUAUGUGAGAGGAGGCAUCGUCUCCCAGGUCAAGAUGCCCAAGGAGAUGAGCUUUAAAUCCUUGUCGGCCUCCAUGUCGGCUCCCGAGUUUGUGCUGACGGACUUCGCCAAGUUUGAGCGACCGGGCCAGCUGCACGUAGGAUUCCAGGCCCUGCACGCCUUCCAGGACAAACAUGGCCGCCUCCCCAAGCCCUGGAACCAGGCGGACGCAGAUGAGCUGGUGGGCCUGUCCAACACAGUAAAUGCCUCUCAGUCAGACGGGGCCAAACUGGAGCAGCUGGAUGAAGGUCUGCUGAGGAAGCUAGCCUACCUGGCCGCAGGUGAUCUAGCCCCAGUCAAUGCCUUCAUUGGGGGCCUGGCUGCGCAGGAGGUCAUGAAGGCCUGCACAGGGAAGUUCAUGCCCAUCGUGCAGUGGCUGUAUUUUGAUGCGCUGGAGUGUCUGCCCGAGGCUGACGGUGCGACGCUGUCUGAGGAGGAGUGCGCCCCUAGGAACGGUCGCUAUGACGGCCAGAUUGCCGUGUUUGGUACCAGGCUGCAGGACGAGCUGGCCAAGCAGAGAUACUUCCUGGUGGGAGCGGGUGCCAUUGGCUGCGAGUUGCUGAAGAACUUUGCUAUGAUUGGCUUGGCCAGCGGCGAGGGCGAGGUCAUCGUCACCGACAUGGACACCAUAGAGAAGUCCAACCUGAACCGGCAGUUCCUCUUCCGUCCCUCAGACGUAACGAGGAUGAAAAGUGAAACUGCAGCAGCUGCAGUCCGGCAGAUGAAUCCGUCCAUCCGCAUCACCGGCCACCAGAACCGGGUCGGACCCGACACCGAGAAGGUCUACGAUGACGAGUUUCUGGAGGGGCUGCACGGUGUCGCCAAUGCCCUGGACAACGUCGAUGCGCGUAUGUACAUGGACCGCAGGUGUGUGUACUACCGGAAGCCGCUGCUGGAGUCGGGCACGCUGGGCACUAAGGGCAACGUGCAGGUGGUCAUCCCCUUCCUCACAGAGUCCUACAGCUCCAGCCAGGACCCCCCGGAGAAGUCCAUCCCCAUCUGCACCCUCAAGAACUUCCCCAACGCCAUCGAGCACACGCUGCAGUGGGCUCGUGACGAGUUUGAGGGUCUGUUUAAGCAGCCAGCGGAGAACGCCAUGCAGUACCUGACAGACCCCAAGUUCAUGGAGCGGACGCUGAAGCUGCCGGGGGCCCAGCCGCUGGAGGUGCUGGAGGCGGUGCACCGCAGCCUGGUGGUGGAGAGGCCGCGGGACUGGGCCGACUGCGUGGCCUGGGCCCGCAACCACUGGCAGUGCCAGUACAGCAACAACAUCCGGCAGCUGCUGCACAACUUCCCGCCCGAACAGCUUACCAGUUCUGGUGCCCCCUUCUGGUCAGGUCCGAAGAGAUGUCCCCAUCCUCUGGAGUUCAGCACCAGCAAUGACCUGCACAUGGACUACGUCCUGUCCGCGGCCAGCCUGUUCGCCCAGACGUACGGCAUCUCCCCGUGCCGCGACCGGGCGGCCCUGGCGCGCCUGCUCAACGAGGUGGACGUGCCCGUCUUCACGCCCCGCUCCGGCGUCAAGAUCCACGUGUCCGACCAGGAGCUGCAGAGCGCCAACGCGUCCGUGGACGACUCCCGCCUGGAGGAGCUGAAAUCCCAGCUGCCCAGCACGGAGGCGGCCACCCAGAUCAGACUCUUCCCCGCUGAGUUUGAGAAGGACGACGACACAAACUUCCACAUGGACUUCAUUGUGGCAGCGUCCAAUCUCAGAGCAGAGAACUACGACAUCCCACCUGCUGACCGGCACAAGAGCAAACUGAUCGCCGGAAAGAUCAUCCCGGCCAUCGCCACGACGACGGCGGCGGUGGUGGGCCUGGUGUGCCUGGAGCUCCUGAAGCUGGUGCAGGGGCACCGCCGGCUGGAGUCCUACAAGAACGGCUUCAUGAACCUGGCCCUGCCCUUCUUCGCCUUCUCCGAGCCAAUCGCCGCGCCCAAACACAAGUAUUACGAGACGGAGUGGACGUUAUGGGACCGUUUCGAGGUGAGGGGGGUCCAGCCCAGCGGGGAGGAGAUGACGCUCCGGCAGUUCCUGGAUUACUUUAAGAACGAACACAAGCUGGAGAUCACCAUGCUGUCGCAGGGCGUGUCCAUGCUCUAUUCUUUCUUCAUGCCGGCUGCCAAACUCAAGGAAAGGCUGGAGAUGCCGAUGACGGAAAUCGUGACCAAAGUUUCCAAGAAGAAGCUGGGGAAGCACAUCGGCGCUCUUGUGUUUGAGCUGUGCUGUAACGACGACACUGACGAGGACGUGGAGGUGCCCUACGUCAGAUACACCAUUCGCUGAGACGGCCGGGGGGCGGGGCAGGGGGGGGCGGGGCUGGGUCGGGCGUGCCUUUCACCGAGUCGGCCGAUGGGAGGGGGGGUGCGGACCGAGUGGGAGGGCUGAGGCGUGGGUGGGGAGGUGGGCCUUUUGAAAGAAAAGGGAGCACUGGUAGUCUGAUUGGCUCUGGGGGCCCCCGGGUACAGCGCUGUAGCUGAUCAUUGCAUGCACCCGAGGGCCGGCAGAGCCUCACGAGCGCUGACCGCGCAGGAAAGGGGCGGGGCCUGGGUCGUCAGCGGCGAUUAAACGGUAACGCGUGGGUUGUGCGGAUUUUACACAGUGGGAGAGGGACGGGGAGCUUUAUACUGGACUUCUGACUCUACCUGUCAAUUAAAGUGAUUACAACACUGCAAAGCCUCUGUGUGACUCCUGCUACAUGCUCACUGACACUGUGUCCUGCUGAGAAGAGCACCUCCGUUAGUUCUGUGGGUAGAACUGUCAUUUACAUUUUACCAUUUUACUAACAAAGGUCUUGGUCUUCCUCCCUUUCCCCUCUCACUUAAGAGUAUAGCACCGUCAUGUAUUUUUAAACAGCAAUAGCACUCAUAGCAUACUAAGUAAUUGGGUAUAGAACUAUUGGAAACCCAAUAAUGCACUGUACCGAAUAAUGGUGUUUGGUUCAAAUUAUAUAUGCUUUUUGUUUCUGGUCAAAUUUCAGUUUGAGAAUGAUUUUGUAUACAUUGGUUGUAUGACUGGCAGCUAUAGUUAAAUGCAGAGUUAAACCAUUCUAAUCAUUACUAGUGAGAAGAUGCAUACAUUAGUUUUGCCCUUGGGGUGAGUUUAUUAGCAAUAAUGACACGCAGACCAGAAAAUGCUCCCAUUAGGCUGAUCAAGCACCUCCCCUCCUUUCAGGCCCCUCCCCUCAUAGCAGACCUUGCUAUUGGGCCCUCCUCCUGUCAGUCACCUCCUCUGCUCUCCUGUGAGUGGAGCAGCAUUAGAGUUUGUGAAUAUUCCUGUUCUAUUAUCUUACUGGCUGUGUGCGAGUAAGGGGCAAGGCCAUGUACAUCCUUCAGGAUUGUUGAUUCUGUGUAUUUGGGUCACGGCUGUGGCCACAGAUUGUAGAACAGGAAACUCUUUUCUUUUUACUGUGUUUGUAACUCCAAGCGGUUAUAUAGUAGGAAAAGGUGACAUUGUGUAAUGGGAGCACUUAGUGUGAGAAUGAAUAAAGAUGUCAAAAUGCU